AAACGCGCCUCAAGUCAACCCCCAUUUAACAAGGUUACCAAAUUUUCAGCUUCUCAACUUUGACCUUCUACAAUAAAAUUGUCUUAAAUCCAACCCCUUUUAUAUUCCUGUGUCAGCUCAAUCGAGUUCGAAUGGUUUCCCACACAUUAUUCAUGAUUUGUUUAAGAAACUAGUAUUGUGCAACAUUGCGAGUAAAUCGUUCACAUUGCCCUCUUUACGUCAUCUCGAACAACGGGAUUUAGCCCGAGUUCUAGCUCGACUCCUACCUCCACAUCACCUACGACCACACCUACCAUUUCCCUCGAAUCUCGCAAAUAGACUAUUCACGAUGUCGUCCCUUAAACGCAAGAACAACUCGGCCCCAGACUCGAAUAAGAAACCUAAAGUCAACGCGAGCAUAACGUCCUUCUUCGGAGCCCCGAAGAGCUCUCCCGGCGCUCCCCCCUCCUCGCCUCUAUCAGGGGCCAAACGACCCGAUGCGCCGGCCCUCAAGUUCGACAAGGCGAAGUGGGUAGCGGGUCUGACGCCCGAGCAGAAACGCCACCUGCAGCUCGAGAUCCAGACUUUAGAUUCCAGCUGGCUGGCCCACCUGAAGGAUGAGAUCGUCACCCCGGAGUUCAUCGAGCUGAAGAAGUUCCUCGAGAGCGAGGUUAAGAGCGGACAGAAGGUGUUCCCGCCUAGAGAGGAUGUCUAUUCUUGGUCCCGCCACACCCCCUUCAGCAGCGUAAAAUGCGUAAUCCUAGGCCAAGACCCGUACCACAACAUAAACCAAGCCCACGGCCUCGCCUUCUCCGUGCGUCCCCCGACACCAUGUCCGCCCUCGCUGCGCAACAUGUACAUCGCGCUAGGCAAAGACUACCCCUCGUUCAAGCCCCCGCCGAACAAAUCCGGGCUACUCACACCAUGGGCGGAGCGCGGCGUGCUGCUGCUGAACACAUGUCUCACCGUGCGCGCGCACGACGCGAACUCCCAUGCGAAGCGCGGCUGGGAGCGGUUCACGCAGAAGGUGAUAGACGUGGUGGCGCAGCGACGGACGCGCGGGGUCGUGUUUCUGGCGUGGGGAACGCCGGCGGCGAAGCGCGUUGCGAAGGUCGAUGUUAAGCGCCAUCUCGUCCUGAAGAGCGUGCAUCCAAGUCCGCUGAGCGCGUCGCGCGGGUUUUUCGACUGUGGGCAUUUCAAGGCGACGAAUGAGUGGCUUGCGUUAAGGUAUGGCGAGGAUGAGGUUAUUGAUUGGGGAUUAGGGAAUUGUAGUACUUUGGUUAAGAAGGAGGUGGUGAAGAAGGAAGAGGAGGUGAAGGAGGAGGAUAAGGAGGAGGCUACGCCUGAUGUGGUGGUGGGGGAGUUUGAUGAUGAUGAUUUCGAGGAGGAGAGUAAGAUCUUGCAGGAGAUGGGUGAAGAGGGGAAGGCGGAUAGUGUAAAGUCGGAGUAAACCUUGCCGAGUGAGUGUUCUGGGCUUGGUAUUCGGAAAUAAGGGGUAAGGCGUUCGGAGACCUUUCGUCCUACCUGUGUAGUAUACUGUCUGGUGUUCAAUGGUCUAGAUGGGACAGGCGUGUCCUCGCGGCAUAUCAAGAUUGUACAGUACAUACGGGAUUAGUUAACAUGCCCUUCCGAGGGAAGUUGUUUAAGGGAGUAAUAGUUGCUUCAAAGUCCUAGGCCGCACAAUAAAACAAUGAUUGUGAA